AAAGGUGAAACGAUAGAUAAAACAUCAUGAUUGGUAAGGAAGGAAAAUAGAAAGGAUGGAAAAGUUGAUAGAUUAGCUUUCAUUUCAACUCACCAAAAUCUAUCCCUCAAAAAUUGAGAGGAAAAGAGGAUGAAAAAUUAAUUAUGUGUGUUGAAAUGUAUGUUAUUUACUUUGUCUCCUUUAAUAUAUGCAUAUAUCCUGAUUGUCUAUUACAUAUUAUGUACACAUAAAUUUCAUAUAUAGAUAUAAUGGUAACUAUGCAGCAAUGCUUCUUCGAUUCUUCCAUAUUUUAAUCCUACCAAACACAAAAAAAUCAAUCCUACUCUUCCUACUUUUCAUUCCUCCUACCAGGGAAGAAAGAUUUCUCCCUUUAAGGAUAAAAAAUAUAUCUCUCUUAUUUUCUAUCUUUCCAUUUUUACAUCCACCCCGCCAAACACACCGAUAAAGUUUAGAAUGUUUGAUGGAGUUAGAAUGAGAAUACAGGGCGUUAUGACAGUGGAAUCUCCUCUAGGACUGCACUGUGGAUGCAUUUUUUAUGGUUGCAACAUUAGCAAUGUGCAUGUUAUAAUAUUCUGAUGUUUUAUGGAUUCUUAUCGUUGUUAUUCUGAUGUGAUGCAUGAUAUUUGUCUUAUGAUUUGUUCUUUAGUUAUGCUGAGUUUGAAGUUCAUAUGUUGCAGAAAUUGUCUUAAAUUUAUGUGAUAUAACUUUGUAGACAAAGAAAUAUAUUUUCUUUCUAUUCUCUAAUCAAACUGAAAUGACCGACAUGAAGAUAAUUUUGGAGAAAGAUUAGCCCUUUCUAUAAUGUAGCCUAAGUUGAUUUGCUUGAGAAAGUCUAUUCCUUCUCUCAUGAUUAGAAAACCAAAAAGCAGUUAAUAUUAGUUUAUAAACUUGCAGGGAUCUAGAAGAAAUCAAGCAGAGUGAUUUAACACUCUUGGAAGAAAAUGGUGCUUGAUUUGGAGCUGCGACUAUCUUCAAUUCAUGUGCCAAGUGAUUGCGAGUGUAUUGAUGAUGAUGUCGUGAUAUGCUCCCCAAGGAGUUUUGCUGAGGCUAGGGAAAAGUCCAGAAGGAACCAUGGGCCAAUUGAGGUGUUCAAUGUAGAAACUGAAUCCCAGAGAGGCUUUUCAGCUAGGUUGUCUACUGUUGGCAACCGGGCCAGAAGAACACCAGCAAAACAAAGGACGGCUGCUGGUAAUUUUUCUAUCUUGGAAGGCCAUAAGACAACCAAGAGUGUCAAUGUUGCCAUGCGUGAAGAACUGCCCUUUUUGUGCCUCAGUCCAAGGCACCCACUUUCAACUGCCCAGUUUGCAUAG